AUGAUAUUUAGUUUAUGUGAGAUUUUCUUCGCACCACAAUGCAAUGGGGGAAACAUUCUGGUGUUACCUGUCGACGGCAGCCACUGGAUCAACAUGAAAGUACUCCUGGAAGAACUUCAUGCCAGGGGACACAACAUGACUUUGAUCAGGCCCUCCACAAGCUGGUACAUUCCAGAAAACUCUCAUCUCUUCUCAACCAUUACAGUUCAAAUACAAGAACAUUCCAUGGACAUUCUAGAUGUGUUCAUAGAGGAGCAAAUGAGGGCACAGAGAGAAGGGGCUUCACUGCUGACUUUGUUCAAAAUCACCAAAAGCUAUUUUUCUAUGGUUACUAAAGGCCAUUUUCUUUGGUGUGAUGCUAUUACUCAAAUUUUUGAUAAUCCAGAAAUGGUCAAAAGUUUAAAAGAUUCAUCGUUUGAUCUUGUUCUUACUGAUCCAGGAGUAGGUACAGGGGUUGUGUUAGCCAAAUAUUUGAAAUUGCCUUUAGUCCUAAAUGUGCGCUGGAUUACCAGUGGAGAGGGCCACUUUGUGUUGGCCCCCUCACCUUUUUCUUACAUCCCAGUUCCAGGAUCUGGCUUAACAGACAAAAUGAAUUUCAUCCAGAGGGUCAAAAACAUGCUCUUCCACAGCAUCAUAUGGUUUCAGGAGAAAUUCUUGUUGGGGCCUAUCUAUGAUGCCAUAUGUGAGAAGUAUAUAGAGGGUGGUUGUGACAUUGUCUCACUGCUUCAAGAUGCAGACAUCUGGUUGUUCAGGUCAGAUUUUGUGUUUGAUUUCCCUCGGCCGACAAUGCCAAAUAUUAUUUACAUUGGAGGGUUCCAGUGCAAGCCAGCCCAGCCUCUACCAGCAGAACUGGAGGAGUUUGUUCAAAGUGCUGGAGAGCAUGGAGUGAUCGUCAUGACUCUGGGAACUUUUAUACAUGCAUUGCCAAAGGAGGUUGCAGAAGAAAUGGCCAGUGUCUUUGCCACGCUUCCACAAAAGGUGAUAUGGAGGCACAAAGGGGAGCGUCCCGUCAUGCUGGGCAACAACACUCUAAUGACGGACUGGAUGCCACAGAAAGACCUUCUAGGUCACUCACAGGUCAAACUCUUCAUAGCUCAUGGAGGAACAAAUGGAGUACAAGAGGCCAUUUACUAUGGGGUUCCUGUUCUUGGUAUUCCUCUGUUCUUUGAUCAAUAUGACAAUCUAAUACGUUUACAAGAAAGAGGAAGUGCAAAGAUCCUUAAGCUAGCUGAUUUUAAUGGCCAAACAUUUAAAGAAAGUAUUGAAGAAGUGCUUUAUAAUGACAGCUACAGGCAAAACAUGCAAAAACUGUCACGUUUACAUAGAGAUCAGCCAAUGGCUCCUAUGGAUAAGGCUGUCUUUUGGGUGGAGUAUGUGAUGCGCAACAAAGGGGCUUCACACCUGCGCACAGAGGCCUAUACGAUGCCCUGGUACUCAUACUACUCUAUUGAUGUAGUACUCUUCUUGGUAACUGUAGUAACUCUGAUUCCCCUCUUUAUUUUUGCCACAGUUACAGUUCUCUGUUGCACUAGAAAACAAAAGGCAAAAAGUAAACUAAAUUAA